UACUUGGGCCAGUUUCUUCCUCUGUCGACCUCACCUCGUCCCAAGAAACACACACCCUUCCCGACUCUCCCGCUCCAUCACAAGCACCAUCAUACACGAUUCCUCGCUUCCCGAGGCCUCUCUCCUCCGACCACUGCACCCUCUGCACGCUCCAAACUCCUUCAAGCUCCCGGCGACCUUACCUCCUCGCACCUUCACCGCACUGUCGCGACUCCCUUCAGCCCGCCCUCACAGCACGCUUUCUUUCACGGCCCCCGCUGUACAUAAAGUCGCAAAUAAUCGAGAUCAAUUGAACAAAUCUCACCUUCCCGUUUCAACGCUCCUCGACUGUGAAGAGCGUGCAUACCCGUUCUCAAACUCAAGAUCCACAACUCAUAACAGAAAACAUGUCCGCAUCACCCACCAUUGCGGCUUCCUCGGCCAAGCGACCGCUCGAAGAACCCUCAUCGCCCGCCGGACCCAAUGACCAACCCGAUGCCAAGCGUCCUGCUCUCGACAAGAUGGUCAAGGAGGAUGCGCCCAACCCAGACAACAUCGACAUUGCGCAACCAGUCCAGGCCGACGAUAUCGCCACGGAAGGCAUCACACAAGAGGAUGUAAAGGUGGUACCUGAAGUGGCUGAAGCUGCUGUCGAGAACGGUGCCCAGCCCAUCCAUACGGACACUGUUGUCCCGGACGCCCCUUCUAUCCUUGAGACUCAGCCUAUCCAAUCCACAUCAGGUGCUAAUGGUCGACCUGUAAAUCACAACCAGCAAGUGGACGAGACCAACUGGUUACAUGUGCGCGCUUGCAUUGGGACCAGCGAGGCCGCUACCAUCAUUGGCAAGGGCGGAGAAAAUGUGACUCAGAUUCGUCGCUUGUCCGGCGCCAAGUGCACGGUUAGCGACUACUCUCGGGGCGCUGUUGAACGCAUCCUUACUGUAAGCGGUCAAGUUGAUGCUGUGUCCAAGGCAUUCGGCCUUAUUGUGCGCACCCUCAACCAGGAGGACCUCGAGACACCAUCUACAUCCACCUCCAAGGCCUACCCUAUGCGCCUUCUCAUUCCCCACAUCCUGAUCGGUUCCAUCAUCGGAAAGGCUGGUGUUCGCAUCCGCGAGAUUCAAGAGGCUUCUAACGCUAAGUUGAACGCAUCUGACACUCUCCUCCCCAACUCUGGCGAACGUUCGUUGAUCGUACUGGGUGUUGCUGACGCUGUGCACAUUGCUGUGUACUAUGUUGCUCAGACUUUGGUCGAGCAGCUAACCGAGCGAUUCGGUGGACCGGCUGCAUCCCAAUAUGCAACCCGUAGUGGCAUGGCUGCCAACGUCGUCCCAGGCGGCAUGUCUGUUCAGCCAUACGUCCCCCAGCCCGCCGGAGGUCAGUACUCCCACCCGCAGAACUUCCGUCGCCAAGAACCACCCCAGCGAACUCCCGCCCACGGAGGGUAUGGUGCUCCACACAUGCAGCAUGGACAGCCUCCACAGCAGUCGCCGUACGGUCACCCCAACAUGCCUUACGGCGCUGGCUCGCCGAGCCGUGGUCCCUAUGGUGGUCCUGCAGCGCCCACUCCUUACGGCGGUCACCCUGCUGCAGCACCAGUUGCGCACGGCGGCGCCGCUCCUCAUGCAGCGGUUGGUGGCAUGCCCGGUCAACCUCUUACCCAGCAGAUUUUCAUUCCUAACGACAUGGUCGGUGCCAUCAUUGGCAAGGGCGGUGCGAAGAUUAAUGAAAUCCGCCAGCUCAGUGGCAGUGUCAUCAAGAUCAACGAGCCCACUGACAACAGCAACGAGCGUCUUGUCACCAUCACGGGUACACAAGAAUGCAACCAAAUGGCACUGUACAUGCUGUACUCGCGACUCGAAUCAGAGAAGCACCGUAUUUAGUCGAAGAGUGCUAUCAACUCGUCAUCACUAUGACACUUUUGUGUGGCGGUCUAAGACGAAGAACAUACUACUGUAAGUCGGUCUGCUGUCUUUGUGGGAUGCAUGUUAUAAUGGA